AUGGAAACACUUAUGAAUGAAUAUUGGUGGACGGGCUCAGUGGGAUCGGGGAAAGGAAUAAGGUGGCGAUUGUGGGGAGGUUUGUGUGCUCCUAAAACGGUUGGGGGCAUGGGCUUCAGGAGGUUGCAUGAGAUGAACCUUGCAUUAUUAGGAAAGCAGGCCUGGCGCCUUAUUACGAAUCCCACCUCGUUGGUUACUAAGGUAUAUAAGGCUCGCUAUUAUCCGCAUACAGAUUUUUUUGAGGCAAAGGAUGGAUCUAAUCCGUCUUAUAUUUGCCGUGAUUUGUUGGCUGGACAGAGCACGAUGAGGGAUGGCUGCCGGCGAGCAAUUGGGAAUGGCUAUGAUACGUCAAUUGGGAAUACACCAUGGCUUCCUGAUGAUGAUGAUCCGUAUAUACACACCGACGUGCCUGGGGAGCUUGCAAAUGCUCCGGUUUCAUCAUUACUUAACAUUGAAGUUUUUUGA